GUUGUUUUUGCAUGAGUUGUUGCAGUCCACAGGGAAAAGGUUGAUGUCUCCCGUGUGAUGUGAUUUGGCUGAGUUUCAGUUCAGAGCCGAGAAGCACGGAGCGUCUUCCUUAUAAGUCUGAGGGAGCACAUGGAUGGUGUCCCACUGACUGGACACAGAUUUAAUGAAUGAUUUUCAUGCUCUCUCGCGUACAUGCUCUCUCUGUCUAUUUCUAUCCCUCUCUUAUCUCUUUUAUUUUCUUCCCUGUUUCUUCUCAUCAGUAACCUUGUUGUUCUUCACUAUUUUCUCAUUUUCUUACCCUCUCUCCUGCUGUUUUUAGUGAGAGUGCCUCUAUCAUUCCACUUUCUUUUGUGCAAAGCAUUUUGUAUGUUCAGACUGCUUAAAAGCUAAAUCCAAUGAGCAAGUUCCACUACCGACUAGUGCAUAUUUUACUGUGGUCCAAGCAAGACAGACAACACAAUGGCUUCUCUUUGUAGUUAAGAUGUGGAUUGAUGGGUCGCGCACCACAACUUAUAGCAAUUUUUGUAGAUCCUUCCGAAAACCGCUGUCAUGGAGACGCAUAACCACCCGAGUCGUGUGGGUGAGGGAAAGUGCUUCUUGAAGACAGUCCAGUUCAAAUCACGCUUGCCAUCAUUCAGCCAAAUGUUGCUAUUUAGGCUUAUGUAAUGUUGGUUUUUAAGAAAUAGUCUUUAUACUAGCUAAGUGAAUACUAUGUAAAGUCAUGGUGUGUGUAGGUAGCGCUGUGGAAGUCCUCUGUCGUAAUUCCCAGAAUGUUUGGCGCUGUGAAACUAAUGCUUACGCCAUGAUGUCUCCAUUCUUUGUUCACAGCUCACCCACUGCAGGGCAUGUGUGCCCUCCAAAACAAUACCCCCUUUAGAGAGUGCCCACACUCCCACAAUCAAGGCUUUUCUUUCAGUUGGAGUCUGUCUCGCUCACUCCAUCCAAUGAGAGGCUGCACUGACUUCAUGGUUUAUGUCGGGCUGGUGUUGCUCUAAAUGGUUUCGCUGUGCAUUUGUAGUAGUUUUACCUCAUAAAAUCUUAUUUACCUUUUAUAACAAUCCAUACUCUGAAUUUGAGAAGGUUACAUCAUUACUAAGCAAUCAGACUUAUGACUAGUGGAUAAUAAAACAAGCAAACUUGGAUAAAGUGCAACUCAGUGUUACAAAUUGUUCUGUUUAUUUUUUAUUAUUGUUAAAAAUUGUCUAGUAUGAGUUACGUGGUUUCCAAUGUUGCCCUAUAUUCCAUUAUUGAUAUACAUGCAGUCUUUCACAGCCCUGGCAAUCAAGUGGCCUUUGUCCUCUGUUUCUCCUUGGACAAAGCUCUGUCUGUAUGCACUGUCUCUUUGAGUUUUAAUAUGGACAGUGUAGUGUCAUCUCUCUGGAUUUUCACAUCAGCCUUAGCAACUUGUUCAGCCAGUCAUCAGUUUGCGGCAAAUUGAUUAUGACAUUCACAUGUCUGUUAGCAGGAGGUUCAGGAUACUGAUCUAAAGAUUCCGAUUUUGUGGAUUGUGUUUGUGGAGAAAAAACAAAUGCCAGCACGAAAACUUAUGUUAUUCACCCCAAACAGAUUUCAUGAAGCAUUUAGCACAGGCUUGUGGCUUAUAUGUUAUAAAUGUGGCUGUCAGUAGUCUGUGAUUGAUCAUAUUUCCAGUCAUUUUGAGGAAAACAAAUUAUAAUUAUUUUGUUUUGGAAAUUACCCACAAUUUAAGAAGGUUUUUAAGCUGUGUAAAGUAAAUUGCUUUGUUGCUUUUGUUUUAGGAGUGGUCAUGAUUUUAGAUUUUAUUUCUCUCUACGUCUUAUGAAAUGGCCCCUAGGCUGUAUCCUGAUUCAUUGUUACUGUGUUGAAAGAGAGUGACUGUCUUGUGGUUUAAAACUUCCCUUGAGUAUUUUUUUAUAAUGGAGACGGAACAUUUCAUCCAUGCCAACCCUUAAGAAGCUUGAUGGGAAGUACUGCAUGUCUAUACAGAGACUCAAAUAUGAAAAGCUCUAGUGUUUUUUUCCAGUAAAUGUACAUUUCCUGGGUAUUUCUUAGAACAUGUCCCUAACGAUAGUGGUAAACCUCUAAUACUUUUUCUGCUUACCCAUACAGGUCUGAGUGAUGACUUGUUUUUGUGUUGUUUGGUAUUUUCGGGAGUAAGUACUUCUAAAUUCUUCUUUUACCAGCUUGAGAUGUGGGUAACACCAUGUCCCAGCUUGUCUUGGCCCAGUGUGUCCUGUGUGUGGGAUGAGCACAAAGAAUUAUGAGCUUUUGGAGAGUGUUUCCUGAGUCAGCUGUGAUCCCUCUCUCUCUCAUCCCACCCCCGGCGGUCUAGUUCCUUCUGACAGAUCAGUAGCAGCUGAGAGAGUGCUGUUUGGGUCUAACUGGGAAGUGGGGGUGGGUGCAAUCUGGAUCAUGUGACUUUGGCCACCCUACCCUCACCUUUGCUUGCAAGAGCGCCAGGCGUCCUUAUCCAAUCAUGCCUGGAAUGCAGCUUGCCACUUGGGCUAUUUCUGCUGUCUGUCGCUAUCGGACUUCAGCUCAAACAGUUUGACACAUGGGCUAGUUUUUUUUUCUUCAUUUCCCCGUCUCUCCCGUUCUUUCCAGCUUUUUCUCUCUCUCUUUCUCUCUCUCUCUCCUUGAAGUUUGUGGGUUGAACUUUUAAGCUCCCUGGCAGCGCUUCACUGGUAGCUGUGAAACGAAACGCAGCCUCUGUCUGUGAGUAAGGCAAAGAGAGAGAAAGAAAAAAAAGAGGGUGGAUGAGCAAGACAGAGAAAGGGAGAGCAAAAGGGGAUCAGACACACUAAACAGUGGGCGAGACAGAUCCAGCAAGAGCUGGACAGAGACAGAUCAAGGCAGACAGGAGAAUGUCUCACCGGCUUCGGCUGUAUUUUGGAUCAGGUCGCAGUAACACUGCGCCGGAGUUGGAGCAGCUAAAUGGGACAGUGGAGGACGGAGAUGAGAUUGGUUACAGUGGCGCAGGGGCAAUGAUGUUCCAUUCACAGACUCAAAACGGAGGACUUUCAGAGAGCCCGGAAUUGGGUGCUUGUUCGGACGCCUCUCUAAAGCGAAGCUCUUCCAUGUUCAUCCCACAGCUCCAGGGUCAAACUGAACCACGGAUGACCAAGAGCACCUCUGUGCAGAUAUCCCUUCAACGCUCAACUGCACCUCAAGAAGAUGCAUUGCCCUUUGAUCCACCUCCAGAUUACCCUCAGGAGCCAGCUCCUGCAUACACUGAGACUGGUGAAAGCUGGCCCUUACCUCCACCUCCAGCUUACCACAGAGGAGAUGCCCCAUCCUACCAAAAUCUGGAACCAGGUUCUGAGCCUAUCCAGCCUAAGAGGCAAGUCUUUUGCGUCCGACCAUGUGAUGGACAGAAUGGUUAUGCUAGUUUGGGUUUACCCAAUAAUCAAGGGAUUACCAUUGGAGGUUUCAGUAUUCGAAGAAGGUCUGCAGAUGGCUCAGAUGUCCAGCAGUUCAGGAUCAUGCCGUACAGUGAGAAUGGCCAGAAUGGCCACCGUUGGUCUGUCCAGCAAAGCUCAGACAGAGGUCCUGGCACUCAAAGACUUGUCUUCCAGCUUCAACAGGACCAAGGAAGGCACCUUAGCCCUACUCCUCAGGCUGACGUGAGUGAUUUGGGCAUCACAGGUACUAAAGGCAACCGCUUGGUGCGGUACCCUCGGAUCCGACUUGAGAGGAGCACUUCACAGCCGUUGCAUCCCAGAGGAGCUCCUUCCCGUCUCGGAUCUAUGCCAAAUCUUCAUGCCCCAAUCUCAGAAAUGGAUACUGAGAGUGAGAUUGUUGAGAACGGUGCUCAAGGUUGCACAUUCAAAUUUAGGAAGGAACAGAACUCCCAACAGCCCAAGUUUAAGAUCUAUUUCAGCCAGGGAGGUGAGCACAGCCCCAUCCUUGCACGGGAUAUUAGCUUUGGAAAGGCACAUACCUGCAGCAAUCCACAGGCUCACAUUGGUCAUGGUCGGUCAAAGAAUGGGCAUUUCAACCAUGGUCAGACCAGAGAUGACUUCCUUGGGCAGGUGGACGUGCCUCUUACCCAUUUACCGACAGAGGACCCUGCGAUGGAGCGGCCGUACACAUUUAAAGACUUUCUCCUGCGUCCAAGAAGUCAUAAGUCACGGGUGAAAGGCUACUUGAGGCUGAAGAUGGCCUAUCUGCCAAAAAACGGAGGACAUGAGGAGGAAAGCAGUGAGAUGAGAGAAGAAGCUGAGGGCUGGGAAGUGACAGACUCCACGGAUCCAGGUUCACAGAGACCUCAGCAGCUCCUGCCUCCGCUGCCUCCGGGCUGGGAAGAGAAGGUGGAUAACCUGGGACGGACAUACUACGUCAACCACAACAACCGCACCACACAGUGGAAGAGGCCCAGUAGUGUGGAUGUGGUUUCAGAAACGGAAAAUGAUAAUAACUUGCGGCAGAUUAACCAGGAAGCCCACAGAGUUUUCCGCUCUCGCCGGCACAUUAGCGAAGACCUGGAAAAUGAGCAGCUGGACAUCAGGGACAUAGACGACUCAUGGGAACCCAUAUCAGAGGAGGACCCAACUUUAAUGACGGACAGUUUGAACCAUUCUCUGUCCGGACCAGCCUCUCUGGCGAUGCCCCUCUCCAGCACUCCAGAAUUCUCUGAUGAAAUCAGCCUUAGAUUGUCUCUCGCUCCAGACACGAACGGAGAAAUCCCAGGACCCAGCUCUGCUGUGAGUCAUCUUUCCUCUCGGCUACGCUCCUCUAGUAUGACCGAUGGAGUGAGUGAUCAAGCUCAACCUCCCACACCAACGCAGAGCUCCCAGACCCGACGAACAAGAGCACAAACGGUCACAGGCGUUGAGGACACCAUGUCUCCAUCGGCCUCCUAUGCCCUGACCACACCAGGCCUUCCGCCAGGCUGGGAGGAACGCAAAGACCCCAAGGGACGAAUGUACUACGUCAACCACAACAACCGUAGCACCACCUGGACGCGGCCCAUUCUGCAGCAGCACACUGAAGAUGGAGCCAGUACCUCAGCUGCGGCAGUAGGGGGCGCUACAGCAGCCACGCCCCCCGCUUCCACCCCUUCCUCCUCCAGCGGCCAUCUAAGCGAACCACAAGUGCGCAGACCCCGUAGUCUCAGUUCCCCCACCGUCACUCUCUCUUCCCCGCUAGAGGGAGCCAAUAACGCCCAGAUACGGCGAGCCGUAAAGGACACGUUUUCCAACCCUCAGUCCCCGCAGCCUUCUCCCUACAGCUCACCCAAAUCCCAGCAUAAAGCAAACCAGAGCUUCCUGCCCCCUGGAUGGGAAAUGAGAAUAGCACCCAAUGGACGGCCAUUCUUCAUCGACCACAACAGCAGAAUCACCACAUGGGAAGAUCCUCGCUUAAAGUAUCCCGUUCACAUGAGGACAAAAGCAUCACUGGAUCCUGGCGACCUCGGCCCACUUCCUAAUCUUCCAGAGGAGCCUGGGUGGGAGGAACGAGUGCACGCGGACGGAAGAACCUUUUACAUCGACCAUAACACCAAAAAAACACAGUGGGAAGACCCUCGCCUCCAGAGUCCUGCCAUAACUGGACCCGCGGUGCCAUAUUCCAGAGAAUUCAAGCAGAAGUAUGAUUACUUCAGAAAGAAGUUAAAGAAGCCGGCAGAUAUUCCAAACCGUUUUGAGAUGAAGCUGCACAGGAAUAACAUCUUUGAGGAGUCUUACAGACGAAUCAUGUCCCUGAAGAGACCCGACAGUCUGAAGGCCCGUCUGUGGAUCGAGUUUGAAUCGGAGAAAGGCCUGGACUAUGGGGGCGUGGCCAGAGAAUGGUUCUUCUUGCUCUCCAAGGAGAUGUUCAACCCUUAUUAUGGGCUGUUUGAGUACUCGGCCACAGAUAACUACACCCUUCAGAUCAAUCCAAACUCUGGCCUCUGUAAUGAGGAUCACCUCUCAUACUUCAAGUUCAUCGGUCGGGUGGCUGGCAUGGCUGUGUAUCACGGAAAGCUGUUAGACGGUUUCUUCAUUCGACCAUUCUAUAAAAUGAUGCUGGGCAAACAGAUCACACUGAAUGAUAUGGAGUCAGUGGACAGUGAAUACUACAACUCUCUCAAGUGGAUUCUGGAAAACGACCCCACAGAAUUGGACUUGCGGUUCUGUAUUGAUGAGGACAACUUUGGACAGACAUAUCAGGUGGAUUUGAAGCCAAGCGGAUCAGACAUGGUUGUGACCAAUGACAACAAAAAAGAAUACAUAGACCUGGUGAUUCAGUGGCGGUUUGUAAACCGGGUCCAGAAACAGAUGAACGCCUUUUUGGAGGGCUUCACUGAACUCAUUCCCAUCGACUUGAUAAAGAUUUUUGACGAAAACGAACUGGAGCUGCUGAUGUGUGGUCUGGGAGACGUGGACGUCAAUGACUGGAGGCAGCACACCGUCUAUAAGAACGGCUACUGUCCUAAUCACCCUGUGAUCCAGUGGUUCUGGAAGGCUGUCUUGUUAAUGGAUGCUGAAAAGCGGAUCAGACUUUUGCAGUUCGUCACUGGAACAUCCAGAGUGCCAAUGAACGGCUUUGCUGAACUCUACGGUUCCAAUGGGCCACAGUUGUUUACUAUCGAGCAGUGGGGGACACCUGACAAACUCCCUCGUGCUCACACCUGCUUCAAUCGCCUGGACCUCCCGACGUACGAGUCAUUUGAAGACCUGCGAGAGAAGCUUCUGAUGGCGGUGGAAAACGCCCAAGGCUUCGAGGGCGUCGACUAAAGAAAUCCCUUUAUAUCCAUGCGAUCUCCUAAUGCAACCGACGAGCAAAGACAUGUACAACACACUCGCACACACACGUCUAUACUCACAUAUACACACUCUCGAGUUGCCAUUGUACAGCCAGAUCCUAGCAGUCACAGGUGUGUGAUGUCAGCACAGUAUAUGCAUGUAAUCUGUCUAGCUGGAACGACAUUGGCUGUGAACCUGUUUUGAUGCCAAACAGCCCUGCAGUAUCCCACAAAUCAUGCUCUCUCCUAAUAUGUUUUAUUUCAAAAUCAAGCUCUGAGGCCGUGGUGACUUUUAUAUUGAUAGUAAAGAAACUUCAGUAUUUGGGUGUGGCCUCAGAGUGGGUGUGGCCUUGAUAUACCACCGCAACCAAUUCCAUUGAUUCCACAAAUAUAAUAUAAGUUCAGUGAAGAGGCAACUCUCUUAUCAGGUCUUACUAACACCAGAUUACCUUAGGAAUCACAGCCAGGAUGAAGGACACAUCCUCAUCCUCCCUUAUCUCGCAAAGUACACCAAGUUUCCCCUUCCUUCCUUCCUUCGUUGAGGAUUAUUUUUUUAUCUUCUUUUGCAACACCAAGAAGCUACGGGAAUUGUUUUUAAUAGUUUAUUAUUAUCGCUGUUAUUAUCAUUCUUACAGAGUAAACAGAUUAUUUGUACCAACAAUGUGGUUUACUAUUUUAAACAACGUUAUCAGAAAUGCAUCAGUGGCCUGGCUAUAUUCAAUUCAAUAUCCAUAUCAUUGUGGGUAAAAAAAAAAAAAAAAAAAAAAAAAAAUCAACAUGAUUAUUGUAUUGCUAUGAAAACUGGCAUGAACAUGUAUCUUGUGUUUCAAUAUGAUUACGUAGUAAUUACAAAGCUAUUCUCCUUCUUGGUUGAGAGCAAAGAUGGAAAACGUCGACAUGCAUCGGACAUGAGUUUGUCGGAGAGGGUUUUCUUCAAUUGUAAUAUGUAUUGUUCUUAUCUUUCUUAUGAUUAUACCUGUUCAUAAUGCUGUAAAUGAGUUUGUUUUGGGGGAAAGACGCGAUUGGACUUUUACUGUAUGUGUUAAAUCUGUUUGAAGUAUUAAAGAGCGACACAGAGUGAAGCUAUCUUAAAAGCGCUGUGAUUCAACACUGCAAGUCUCGUAGACUUUCAGGACAUUAACUUUCUUUCUUUCUUUCUGUUUUUUCUUGUUUCUUCUAACUCCACUGUACCUAAAAGGGCACUUUAUUGAUCACACACUAGGGUCAUGUCACCUGUUUUUGUUUUGUGAACUUGAAUGUGAUUAUCUAUUUUGUUCUUUUUAAAAGCACUCGGUUCCUUGGUGCAAUAUCUCUUGUUUAUAAUCGGCCUGCUGCUAACAUAUCAGAUCACAGCUCGGCCCUACAGCUGAUCUGGAGUCAGUCUGGUUCGUCAGUGUGAAUCCGGAUCGGCUCUGUAGGAACGACUGGUUCUUUUUCUAUUUUCUUUUCCAGUCUUUUAUCUGUACGCCUCCCCACUCACACUUUUCGGGCCGCUGUGGCUCUGUAGUUUUGUGAUAAUAUUAUGAUUAUUGUUAUCGUUAUAAAUGACCCUUUCUCUUUUGUAGGGGCAGUUCUUUUUUUUAAUUAUUAUUGAUGAGGAACAUUUACUGUCUGGUUCCUGCUCACCACAAGACCUUGCGAUUCGUAUAACUUCGUUCGAAAUAAACUGAUAAAUGGAA